AUGCAUUUUCCCACAGGCACACCGCUUUCUCUCCUGCUUACGGGAUUCCGUUCAUAUAUUCGUGAAAUAUUCCACUUUAGCGCUGCAACGUAUUCUAUUGCAGUCGUUCAACGACGCUCGAUUGCAGCUGCUCGACUUGAGCACACGGAACUCGGGCUCAGUCCAACAACACAUUCAUUUGCUAAAGAAUUUACUGAAGCUCAGCACUGUGUGUACUGCAAUACACCAACAACGCGUUCACCAAAAUCUCAAAAGAGCAAUUACUUCCUUAUUAACUCGCUGUUAUUACCUGCGCAUUCAUCGGAAACAUCACCAGAGCCCAAGUAUAAGGAGGACAAAAGAACACCUGUGUUGAGUGGGUGUUCAACUGUAGAAUCGCACCAGAAAACGCCAAUUUUCGAUAUAACGAAAAGAAGCGAAGUCGUUACCGAGAGCGACGUCGCUCGAGCGCCGGCGCAGGCCAGCGUUCUCAGUCCUCAUCACACAAACGGUCAAGAGUCGAACUCUUCCAAGCAGAUGAGGAAACUGAAACGUAAUGGUUAUGAAAACAGAAGACGUUUAACACCACACUACCGACGUAGCAGACUUAGUUUCACUUCAUAUGUUUCUAUUAUGCAAAUUGAAAUCAAGGCUAACAGGUUAUUUCGUUGUUGCUCUAUUGCAUCGCGCCUUUCCGUCGAUACUCACAAUGGCGUAGUUGUUUUCGUUGUGGAUGACGGAGCAGGACGUUGCACUUUAUGGGAACGGGAGCGUGCCGCCAUAACGGACGUCGGCGUCGCCGUCGGGCGCCGUCCAUGCAACGGUGCUUCUCUCCGCUCGCUCGCUUUAUGCCUCUCCUCGAAAACACCUCAAAAUCGAUUUGGUCGAACUCUCUGUUCCGCACUUUUUACGCAUGAGAUGAGGAAGGAGCGAAAGCGAUUGCGUUCUCUGCAUAUGCCAUGUCUCGCACUUCCAGCCGGGCAAAAACGCUCAGCAGAACAUCUGCGCGAACAACAUCGAAAAGUUGUUCCAUGCGAAAGACAGCGCGCACUAGGUUCAAAACUUUGUGCUACUUUAGUUACACGGGUGGACUCGAGUGCAGCAGCGGUUUGUCCUGCUCGAACUCUGUUUGUUAUCACUUUCCUCCAUCCUCUGCGUCCUGGCCCGUUCGCCCUUGCGAUGCCCGCAGUCUCCGCGUUCAUCUCACUCUCUCGUUACCCACUACUGCUAACCGGCUUUUUGUGCGUUCUUAUGGUUAGUGGCACCCGUCUGGCACCCUGGACUUGCCAGAAUGCUCUACCAGGAUGUCAUUGCUUCGAAAAGAUCGAGUUGCGCUGUUGCACAGCCGACGGCUACCGCCACUACCGUCACCUCGCCACUGUUGCCGCUGCUGCGGACAUCGGAGAGGUGACACAUAAAAGGGCAAGGAAAAGCGCUACGUCUUUUAAUGUCCCGUUUGGUUCGUGUUCACGAAAAUAUUUUUUAAUCAGUAUGCAUUCCUAACU